CGUGAAGGUCGCGUAGAGAUCUAUUAUCUGGGACAAUGGGGCACAGUUUGUGACAGUGACUGGAACAUCAGGGACGGUCAGGUUACCUGUAGAAUGCUGGGAUACAGUGACGCAGUAGCGGUGUACCCCAGCGCUAGGUUUGGCCAAGGAAACGGGACAUUGAUGCUGUCCCACAUAAACUGUACAGGAACGGAGUCUUCUUUAGAAGAAUGUGACAAACCCCUCUGGGUCACAACCUGUAGCUAUUACCAGGACGCGUCUGUCCGGUGCAAGGAUCCAGGACUGGCGUCCGUAGAAUGCACGUUUGAGGCGGAUUUCUGUGGUUACAAUCAGAGCUACUCCAAUAAUCUGAACUGGGUCCGAAGUCAGGGAUACACAUAUUAUUCUAACGCUCCCGGCAGUGAUCACACUCUUGACUCCUCAUAUGGAUACUAUAUCUACAUGUCGGGCAGCAAUGGGAGACCAAAUGAAACCGCGCGGAUAACGUCCCCUGUGAUCAAAGUGAACACCAGCACGGUCUACAACAUAUCGUUUUGGUUCUACAUGAGGGGUAGAGAGCUCGGUUAUAUCAGGGUGUUGGUGAAACGUUCUGAAACGAUGGAACAAGAACUCUGGAACUUUACAGCAGUUACAGGAAGUUAUUCUUGGCUAGGUCACUUUCUUCACAUCUCGACCAGUAGUGAUUUUCAGGUCAUCUUUGAGGGCGUGAGAGGAGGAGAUUCAAGAUCGACCAUAGCCUUGGAUGAUAUAUUUAUCUGUCCAGUGAAAGGGAACACUACACUAGUACCAGUUACCGUUGAUGUGCGUCUGGCCGGUGGUUAUUAUCCCUGGGACGGCAGAGUGGAAAUCUACCACGCAGGGGUGUGGGGCGACAUCUGUGGCUCUGGAUGGGACAUUUAUGACGCGCAAGUCGUCUGUAGGAUGCUAGGCUAUCGUGGGGCUGACGCUGCUUACACCGGCAGUAGCAUGUGGCUUUACAGCUCUGUCUCCAGGACCUGGCUCAGCGAUGUCGACUGUGUGGGGUUCGAAUACUCCCUGGAAUACUGUACUCACUCCAGAUGGGGCUUCACCGACUGUUUUGGCAGCGCUAAGGCCGGUGUUAGGUGCACUUCCCCUGAAAAUACUAAUACCACAAUUCAGUCAAAUGUGACUUGUUCCUUCGAAUCAGGGUCAUGUGCUUUUGAAAAUUUGUCCACGUCUUACAAUUGGUCAGUUAUAACAGGCAGCACUCCAUCUAGCGGGACAGGACCUUACACUGACCACACCUUGGGCACUUUAUCUGGGCAUUACAUCUAUGCGGAGGCAAGCUCUGUGUCCAGUGGUGCCAACACAAUCUUGAUAUCGCCUCCACUGGAGCCCCGUGGAAGAAAAUCGUAUAACGUAUCAUUCUGGUAUCAUAUGCAUGGUGAUGAGAUGGGGGCACUUAAUAUUGGUGGCAGGUCGCUCAGCUCAUCGCAAGUAGAAAUAAUGUGGACGACGAAUGGUGAUCAAGGAAAUACUUGGAGAAGAGGUGAAGUGUUGGUAGUGACAAAUUCGUCAUUUCAGAUUAUAUUUGAAGCUAUCUGCGGUUCUGGUUUCCGCUCCGAUGUUGCACUAGACGAUAUCAGCAUUGUUCCUAUCACACUACCUCCUACCCAUCAAGCAACGUGCAAUUUUGAAAAUGGAACCUGUGGAUUUCUACAGGAUAUGACAGCCCCUGUAGGCUGGCUUAUCAGCAAUGACUCUACAAUGGUAUCAGCAGAUCAUACACUACAAUCCCGUUCAGGCCACUAUUUGUACGCCAGGAAUACCUAUGGCACAGGCGCCCGGUAUAUCUCGCCGCCCCUGGCUAGUAAUACAAGGUAUAUCGUGUCCUUCUGGUACUUGUUCCCUAGUUUCUACAGAGCAGCUCUGUUUGUCCUGGUCCAUGGGACAGAGAGAGACGUUCGGUGGUCAAUCAGCGGCUACGGCGACAUCAGUUGGCGCUAUGGGUACUUCAUCCUGACUAUGAGCCGCGAUUUCCAGAUUGUGUUUGAGGCAUCUCUGCCAAACAGCUCUUCCGGUUGCAUCGCCGUAGACGAUAUUAAUAUUGCCCGAUACACUGGGCCGAUGACAACGCUAAUGCCAACGCCAUCAGUGAAUAGCAGCAAUGUGCGUCUGGUUGGCGGCGUGUAUGCACGUGAAGGACGAGUUGAGGUCUUUUACCAAGGACUGUGGGGGACUGUUUGCGACGACGGUUGGGAUUUAAGAGAUGCACUUGUGGUGUGCAGGUGGCUAGGAUACUCUGACGCGGAUGCUGCAUACGACAAUGCUCGCUUUGGAGCUGGUUCUGGCCCAAUCUGGUUGGACGAAGUUUCUUGCACCGGGGAAGAAAACUCCCUGUGGGAAUGUCGCCAUCCUUCUGCUGGUAAUCACGACUGCAGCCACAGCGAGGACGCCGGAGUCCGCUGUUCAGGUCAAACGACCACUGUAAGGCCAACCGUGGCUAUUGGCACCAUCCCAAGCGUGGUCUGUGCCAACACGACCAUGAACCAACCUCUGGCCAGAACCUGUGCCCAGUUUGUGGUCUGUGGAGGGUUGCCAUACCUUGCCAGCUGUGACAGCGGCUUUUGGUUCUCAAAGAAAACCAGGACUUGUGUUGCGUCUUCAACACUGAGCAAUGAGUGUUACCCAAGUGGAAGCAGGAAACCAGGCAUCGCAACCAACUGUUCUGUUGGUUGGCAGACAAAUGAAGGCCACUGUUAUAAAUACAUAAAUACUAGCAUGACGUACAUGGACGCUAAUAGAUAUUGCCAUUCCAUGGACUCAGACUUGGUUAGCAUCCAUUCUGCCAGAGAACAGUCCUUUGUCAGUUCCUUGUUGAG